CAUCGAUUUAUCGCGCCAGCACACUCAGCUAGAAAUUAUAUAGAAAAUAAAACAUAACAUUUAUAAAUCAAACUUAGACGGUAAAGGAGUAGCAAAUAUUUAAAUUUCAAAAUGAAUACUUUACACAUGCUGCUAGUGAUUUGUUGCCUGGCUGGAAUAUAUCAAACCACGCUGGCUCUGAAAGAGGAAGAUUGCGAAGUUUGUGUAAAGACUGUAAGAAAAUUUGCAAGCUCUUUGGACGAUGCGACGAAAAAGGACUACAAACUGAUUGAGGUUGCCUUCAAGAAGUACUGCAAGACUCAGAAGAACAAGGAGCACAGAUUCUGCUAUUAUUUGGGAGGAUUAGAGGAGUCAGCCACAGGCAUAUUGAACGAGCUGAGUAAGCCUUUGAGUUGGUCCAUGCCCGCAGAGAAGAUUUGCGAGAAACUUAAAAAGAAGGAUGCUCAAAUUUGUGACUUGCGAUAUGAGAAACAAAUUGAUUUAAACAACGUGGACUUGAAAAAACUAAAAGUUCGAGAUCUGAAAAAGAUUCUUAACGAUUGGGAUGAGAGCUGUGAUGGUUGUCUGGAGAAAUCCGAUUUCAUUAAGCGCAUUGAAGAGUUGAAACCUAAAUAUGCGCACAAUGAACUGUAAAUUAUUUACAAGUACUUAAGUACACGCCCACUCAAAACACAAACAAACACACACAUACACACGCGAAACAAAGCCACUUACCUACAUAUUUUUUAGUUAAUUUACAACAAAAACUUUGAUAGACUUUGAAAAACUUAA